GUUCGAUAUGGACGGAUUUCAAACCACAGAUAGAAGGUCUGUCGAGAGAAAGAUUUACCGUGGUCGCUUGGGACCCGCCGGGCUAUGGAAAGUCGAGGCCGCCCGAUAGGACGUUUCCCGAUGACUUUUUCCAGCGCGACGCGGACUGGGCUUGCAAUCUGAUGAAGACUCUCGGCUACAGCAAAUUUUCAUUGAUAGGAUGGAGCAGCGGCGCUAUCACUUCUCUCAUGAUAGCUGCGAUGUUUCCCGGCAACAUUCGAAAGAUGGUAGCCGUCGCCGGGAACGCCUAUAUGACGCCUGAGGAAAUCGAUAUCUACAAAAAAUUUCGGGACAUCGAUUCCUGGUCCGAGAAAAUGCGAGCGUCGAUGAUCGCCAUCUACGGGGAAGAGUAUUUUCGCAAGAUAUGGACCGGCUGG